AUGCUAGAUGGAAUUAGAAAGGUCUUAGAUGGUACGCGCCGGUCACUUUUGGCCUGGGUGUAUGCGGAUACGCCUGCCAGCGAUACCUCGGAAUACGAUUCUGGCAGUAGUCAAGCGCGCAACAUUUUUCACUGCUCGUGCAGGGACGACGAAGGAGCUAUGCACGGUGAAAUGGGUGUUUUGAAGAAGCGACUCCAUUCCGAUGACAUUAAUGUGCCACAGAAGCGGAGCAGACCAGCCGGACAGGGCUCCGGCUUUCCGGAAGCUCUUCCGCAGAAGGUCGCGCAAACGAAAGAAGCGGCACUCGUGGAGAAGAUAGACCGCUUGAUUGCGCCCGCUUCGCAGCUGAAGCUCGAGAAAGAUCCAUUUAACUGGGAUAGCCCGAUAACAACACCCUCCGCAGACCGGCCAUCUGAUGCCCCUGAGAGACAUUUCCAAUACGGAACGGCAUUCUACCGUAGGCGCCGAAGAUUUCAGAGCUUGCCUCGAGCUGGCGCGCAGCGGUCGUUGUUAGCAGACCCCGCGGAUGAGAUUUCAUACUUGAGGAUGGUCUUCAAUGGCGAAUAUAAGCCACUAAAAAUGAUACAGGAAGAGCGUAAACAGCAGCUGAGACUUUUGCAAAUGGAUAGUCGGGACACUGGUUUGAAACGCUCGAUCCUUAACUUGACUGAACGGAUUAGAAGCGUACUGAUUGAUACAAGGCAAUCUCAAAAUCAGGAUGCAGACGUAAUGAUUGUUAAAGAGCGCAUUAUCGACCCGCUCUCGCUGAAGCGAAAGGCGUUUUAUGCCCAGAAGCUGAAGUUUGACAGGUCAAUUCUAUCUUUUGAGGACGAGUUCAAGAGUUACAAAAAGCUUCUAGAGGAACGCAAGAAGAUCCAGGAUGAAAUAAGGAAACAGCAACGCGGGGCUGUACUUGUACCCAUGCUGACUGACUCUGAUAUGAAGGAUAUCCAGCUUACACUAGCAAGAACAGAUAAGGGCGUGCUGAAUAAUAAAAAUAAUUUUGAAGUGACUGUUCGCGACUUCAAAACGCUUGCUCCGCGCAGAUGGUUAAAUGAUACCAUUAUUGAGUAUUUCAUGAAGCAGAUAGAACUCAAGUACGCCCAUACUGUGGCUUUUAACUCAUUUUUUUACUCUACCUUAUCUGAGCGCGGUUACCAAGGCGUAAGGCGAUGGAUGAAGAGAAAGAAGGUCAAAAUUCAAGACCUCCACAAGAUAUUCGUUCCAAUAAACUUGGAUCAGUCACACUGGGCACUAGGUAUCAUUGAUCUUACGAAGAAGAAAGUCAUGUAUGCAGACUCUUUGACGAGCAGAGCGAAUUCGAUGAGCUUCGCCAUUAUGAAAGACCUACAGAACUACGUGAUAGAAGAAAGCGGAGGCUCUAUGGGAAAGGAUUUUGAGCUAGAACAUAUUGCUUGUCCGCAGCAACCAAAUGGAUUCGACUGCGGGGUAUACGUAUGCACCAAUGCUCUCUAUCUAAGUGAGGACCAGGCACUGGCAUUUGACCAUCAAGAUGCGGCUAGAAUGAGGAAUUAUAUAGGGCACAUGAUCCUCAGCGAGGGAAAGAAAUAA